CGCGUUUGUGUUCUCCAAACCGUUCUUUAGCCACCAACGUGGAGCCACAGUAGUGAGACUGUCGACCCGUACUGCAGAGUGGCCUGCAUCAGCAUACGAGAGCCAUGUUCCCGGCGUUUUCUGCCAACUUGACGCGUCCGGAGGGCGUGGCAGCAGAGUUCGGCUGGGUGGACUAUCUGCUAUUCGCUGUCACGCUCGUCAUUUCAGCGCUCAUCGGCGUCUACUUCGCCUUCUUCGACCCCAAACGCCAGAACACGCGUGAUGGCUACCUCAUGGGCGGCCGCACUAUGGGGAUCUUCCCCAUAUCGAUGUCGCUUAUAGCAAGUUACAUUUCUGGCAUAUCAUUGCUGGCAAUACCUGCGGAAAUGUACGUUUACGGAACACAGUACUGGGUAGCAGUGACUAGCGACAUACUCGCCAGCUUGACAAUGGCAUUCAUUUACCUGCCAGUGUUUUAUCAACUGAAGAUAGUUUCUUCGUACGAGUACCUGGAACUACGAUUCAGCAGACCAGUCAGACUAUUUGGCUCUGUUGUCUUCCUCAUUAAAAUGAUGCUCUAUAUUCCCAUAGUCAUCUAUGUGCCAGCUCUUGCUUUCAGUCAAGUUACAGGCUUCAACUUGCAUUUAAUAACACCUGUUGUUUGUAUCGUCUGCAUCUUUUAUACCAUGUUGGGAGGAUUGAAAGCUGUUGUAUGGACUGAUGCUUUACAAACAGUGCUAAUGUUUGGUGGAGUCAUCGUGGUGAUGAUACUGGGAACAGUGUAUGUUGGUGGCCCCACUGCUGUAUGGCAGCGUGCUAUCGAUGGGGAGAGGAUUGAGUUCUUCAAACUAAGUCUGGAUCCAACGGAGAGACAUACUAUCUGGAGUGUUGUUAUAGGAAACUACACUAGUGUACUUGCUGCCUUUGCUGUUAAUCAAGCCAUGGUACAACGAGCUCUUGCCAUGUCAUCAAUAAGGAAAGCAAAAAUAACAAUUGGUAUUCUGGCCAUAGGGCUUGCGUGCAUAGUGAGCAUGUGCUGCUACACAGGACUUGUCAUUUAUGCUACAUUCUUUGUCUGUGAUCCUAUAUCUACAAAGCAAAUUGGGAAAGCUGAUCAGUUGCUGCCACAUUUUGUAAUGGCCAUAUCAAAGGGUAUCCCUGGCCUCCCUGGCCUCUUCAUGGCUGGAGUCUUUAGUGCUGCUUUGAGUUCAAUGUCAACUGGACUCAACUCCAUGACUGGAAUAAUAUUUGAAGACUUGAUACGACCAUGUGUGAAGAAGCCAAUUUCAGAAGCUAGAGCAAGCUUUAUCAUGAAGGUUAUGGUGGCUCUCAUAGGAGCCUUGUGUGUGGCACUUGUUUUUCUUGUAGAAAAGCUUGGCACAUUGCUCCAGGCUGGCCGAAGUUUAUCGUCAAUUACAGCAGGACCAUUGCUUGGGGUCUUUAGUCUGGGGCUACUUUUUCCAUGGGCAAAUGGAAAGGGUGCCCUGGUUGGUGGAAUCACAAGUAUGUUACUUGUUGGCUGGAUUUCAGUAGGUUCACAAACAGCAAUUGCUGGUGGCACCUUGUAUUUUGAAACCAAGCCAACUUCAAUUGCAGGGUGUCCUGAGAUGCCAACAGUAGCACCUGCUUCUCUGCCGAGGUCUGAAGCUUUUGUGCUGUACCAGCUUUCAUAUAUGUGGUAUACAUUGGUUGGGUGUGCCACUGCCCUGUUUGUGGGGAUAAUAACAAGUUUCAUCACUGGAGCAACACGUGUGGCUGAUGUUGACAGAGCAUUUCUUAGUCCUGCAGUUCACUGGUUGCUUCCUUCACAAAAGGAAGGAGCAGAGAUGGAGAUGCCAAAAAGAAAGGAUCCAUGAGGUGUUAAGACUCCAAAUCUUACUGGUGAUUUAUGAAGCAUCAUUUCAGAACUGCCAUGAUGACAUGUUGAACAGACUACUGGCAGAGGAACCAGAGAUGCCACACACAUAGUCAGCUAACGAAGAGAGAGAG